CAGCUCAUAGAAAACAGCCGUGGCUCCAGCAGCGGUCAGUAUAUCGGCUCAGGGUCUCCACAGCGGGUCAUAUCUCCUCCGGUGGUUGUCGGUAUCUGCUCAGAGAGAACAGGAUGGAUAAAGUUUUGUUUCUGGCGCUAACUCUGAGCCUGUUAGCUGUUUUAACUCAGGUAAACUGCAGCUCGUCCAAACUGAAGAGAGUCCGCAGAGCACAGGUUUUGGGUUUCGACUGGAAGAACUGCGGGAAGCCAGAUGAUCCAGCUGUUCUUAAGACUCUGAAUCUGUCUCCGGACCCGAUCUCCAUCCCAGGAGACUUGAUUGCCUCCGCCUCUGGAUCCACGGCUGUAGAACUCAAAUCUCCUCUGUCUCUGGACGUGACCCUGGAGAAGGAGGUGGUGGGUAUCUGGGUGAAGAUCCCCUGUGUGGAUGAGCUGGGCAGCUGUCACUAUAGGGACAUUUGUGACAUCCUGAACCAGCUGAUCCCUCCGGGUCAGGACUGUCCUGAACCGCUGCACACCUACGGGCUGCCCUGCCGCUGCCCCUUCAAAGCUGGCUCGUACUCACUGCCUAAGAGCGACUUCUACCUGCCCAACAUGGACCUGCCCUACUGGCUGACCAACGGGAACUACCGUGUGCAGGGCGUGCUGAGCAGCCAGGGCAAAGAGCUGAGCUGCGUCAAGGUGGCUCUGUCGCUCAACUCCGACAACUAACCACAGCAGAGACAGUCUGGAGGCUUCAGGUUGAUGUUUAUUUGCACAUAAAAACAAAGAGAAAAUUGGGAAACGAAAGCUGAAGUUGCACAAAGUAGUGAAAGUGAAAAACCUCACAUUGGUUUAUUGAAGGAUGUGAACAAAAUAACAAACAUGCUUCAUUUCACAAAAGGAUAUUUGGGAACAAUAAUGGUAAAACUAACUAAUAACUAAUUGACUGAACUGCACAUUUCCGUUAAACAUUUUAUUAAUCAUUUAAUUUUUUUGCUCCAUUAGAUUCAGAAAUGCUUUGUCAUGCUUUCAAACACCGUUUUGUCGUUCACUGGCUUCGUUUGCGACAAUGAUCAGUUUUUUCUGGUUUGUUCAGAUCCAUAAAAUGCAGCAAUAAGAGCCAACAGACACACAGGACUGGCAGCUAUUCACAGUAAUAAUGUAUUUAUUCAUAAUGCAAUGAUCAAAACAACAUUACAAAGUGCUUCAUGCAGCAAGAAAAGGAUACAGAAAACAUAAAAAUAAAAAAAAACAUAGAGAAAUAAAAGUACUAAACAAACCACAUAAAAAUUAAAAAAUGCACUCAACAAAUCUGUGUACAAAUGAUAUAUUUAAUCAAAAUUUGUAUUUUUUCUUUGGGUAUUUUAGAGGUCAGAUCUUAAUCACUAUUAUGGAAAGCAAAUUUAAAUGUUAAUAACAAACAAAGUUCUUAUUUUAAAAGCCUUUAAAUUAGAAUAGAUGUAAAAAUUUAAGCUAUAAUUGAAUAUAAACAAUCUGUAUUUCCAGAGGUCUGACAUCAUCUGAAGGCAAAUAUUUAAAAAAAUUCUAUUUGUAAAUAAAAAUCAAGACAUCUGAUAAAUAUGAUGCCUUAAAAUAAUUUAAAUAUGUUAUAUAUGUGCUCAGGUUCUGGAGUUGACCUUUAAGCUGAGGCAGUUUUCUGGAAAAAUCAAAGCGCUCCUCUCUCUGUCCUCUCCGCAGAUUGUAACGUUUUACGAUUACUUCUCAUUCACUUCAUCGGGACCUGGACUGUGAACCCACAUUGCUGUUAUAUAGCAGUAAUUAUAUGAGUGACUGUCCAGUUUUCUUUGUAAAGCCAUCUGAGGUGACAGACUGAUGUGAGGCUCUAACUUGCUUCAAAAACAUUAACUUGAAUCAGCUGCAGCCCUGAACCUUUGGCAACAGUUAGCAGAAGGUUAAACUCCAGCUCUGAAAACCUGCACCGAUAUUAACAUGUUGUGUUUUAUUGUGUUUAUUAUAAGGAGAAGAAUCUGUCUUCCUUUUUUAGUUGCUUUUUCAAUGUAGAUAAUUGUUAGAGAUGCUAAAAUAAGAGCUUUUCUGCAGGAUUUUUCACUAUUAAAUCAGGCUUUUAAUGUCUGAAGGGACAUGCUGGCACAUCUGCAUUUGCAGAACAACCAAUAGGAACGCCCUCUCUUUCUGAAAUGACCUGUGACUGGACAAAAAUUCCCUUCACAAGUCUGUAAACAGCCAUGAGGAGCUGCAGAAGUCCAGUUUUCUCUUCAAAUAACUUAAUUUUGUACAUUUUUACCCAGUGCCACAACCGGCUCUAAAAGGAGUGUCAGUAUUUUUUGUUUGCCAAUAUUUCUGCUGUUUAAAAACAGGUUGCAGUUAGAAACUUUCAUGCCAAAAAUAUGUUGAAUUUAUCCUGUCACACAAACCUCAACGUGCCUCACUGCUGAGCUGCUUCUGGUCCAUCCUGCUGAUUUCUGCAUAUCAAUGAAACUUUUUUUUUUACUCUGGAAUCACCUCGACACAGAGUCACUUCAUUCCUGUUGUUCCACAGAAUAAUAAUCAGCAUUUCACCUCGGUAUUUCAGAUUAUUGGAGAAAUUAUGCUAAUCAACCUGACAUCAAAUAAACGUAUCAGUCGGAUCUGAUUUCAGACGUGUUUUCAAAUUCAGAUUUGAAUUAAAGUUUUCUUUUGUUUAUGACCAUUUAGUCUACUGUAAAAACAAAUGUAGCAUCUGUCAUGUCUGUUUUUUAAAAAUAUUUUUUAAAUUCUCAUGUGCUCCUUCCUUGCUGUGUGUGGGUUUUUUCAGUGCUUCAAUCAUUGAUUGUUUUGUGAUUUUUAAAAACUUUUUUCUUUUCGUUUUUUAUUUCUUUUGGAUGUUUUGAAAAAGGGUUUUCAGCCGAUGAGCUGAAGCUCUGCUGGGAAUCAAGCAGCUCAUCUAGUUUAUCAAUACAGUACAACUGAUAGAUUUGAUAUUUUUCACUAUAGAUUUUGAUUUUGAUGAUGUGAUUUUUAAGUGCCUGAUCAGGUCUUUAGGAGGAAUAUCUGUCACUAGUCAUUAACGGAAAUGGGAGAGUUAUAGUCUGAUAUUAUGACUUUUAUUUGCUGAGAUGUUUAGUUUUUGAUAACAACAACGAUGCCGAAUUACGUUUGUGGAUGUUUUCACAGUUUUGAAUAAACAUUAUUCCCUAAA